GAGCAAACAACUAUCAAACAUGGCGGCUUUUUUAUCUCAACACCCAAUCUCCUAUCCACAAGGUCGAAAACGAAUCUUCGAGUCUGUAUUUCCACCUUCAGCAUCCUCCACCUUACCGACACCUCUAGCCACCCCCACAUCCUCGUUUGUGGCCCCACCAUCACAACCAUCACAACCAUCGCAACCAUCACAACCGUCGCAAACUCCUACUCCCUCUCACGGCUAUAACACCCGGCAUCAUCCCAAUGUCACACCCUCUCCAGCCCCCAUAUCAUUCGCCCCUAGUCCAGCAGCUAUAUUCGCUAGGGAGUCUAGGGCGUGGCAUCUGGCGACAACGUACCUCUCCUUCCCUGCGGAUCCCUUCCCAGGUAGCCUUAGAGUAUAUGUGCAGACACACCAAGACCCGACGAGAGAUGUGGCGGAAGCAAUCCGGUAUCUGACCAUUCAUCAUGCAGAAAAUCCAACCCCUGAAACAAGCCUCUUGGAAUGGUACACUUGCGAAGUCCGAAGGCAUUUUCUCGCUCACGUUCGUCCUGAGAUAUCGAUUCCGACGGAAUAUAAUGAUGGUGCACGUUUAUUGGAAGAAAUACUGGGCCGAUUGACUACCGCUCAGAGCAUUUAUCUGUUCCGUUUGAGAACCUACAUCAUUCCAGAGAAGAAGAAGGGGAGGGCACGCAGGAACCUGGACAGCUGGGACGAAAGCGACGACUCGAAAGUUCAGGCGUUCGUCAGGUCGUUAAAUUCCAUUAUUUCUUAUUCACUCCCCGACCCCGCUUGGAAUAAGCUUGUCUACGAGGAUUUUUUGGAGUUGUGUGGGACAGCAGUGGGCUUACCUGGAGGCGAUGGCGAUGAUGACGACGACACGGUGCUUGACGACGGCGGCGAGGCAGGGAGCGAUAGUAUGAGUGGAAAUGAGGAUGUGUAUCAGGGCGUGAGGUUAAGUCAGCAAAGCUUUGCUACGGAAACUGACUUUGAUGGGGAUAUCGUUGUCGAUGAUGACGGAGUCGCGAUUGGGAACCCCAGAGAUAUGGACGGGAUUGAUGAGUUUGAUGUUUAUAGGCAGAGGGCUGAGGAAAAAGCCGAGGAAAAGAGGAAGAAGCGGAAAGAGGAAAAGCCGAGAGAAAAGGCCCGAAAGAAGGUCCUGGAGAUUUGGGCGGCGAUGGAAAAGCUGGGUGUUGGCGGUGGCGGUCGAAGAGGAGAAAGGGUAUUUGCAGAGGUAACAAUUGGCCGCGGGCCCGUUGACAAUUCGGUGCUAACGGAUUUUCAUACAGGUUAUCAACACUCUCUUGACCACCUACAUAAACGCUCACUUUGCUGGAGUUUGGGAAACUCCUUCCAAGGUUGGCAACGACUUGGAUCGCUGGGUAGAGCAUGUCCUCGGACAAUUGGUGCUAGAUGUCUUAUUUUCCUCUAAAUCAGUUAAUUCUCCUGAAGGUUGGGCUGCCAGGCUUAAAAAACUAAGUCCCCGGGAGAGUUUUAGGGCUAGUCGUCAGAGUCUCGAUAACCGGAAGAAAGGAGUGAUGGAAGUAGAUGCAGGGGCGGGUGUGGGAGAAGAUGAUAUCAAGCGAAGGAAGGAAGACUUGGAGAGUUGGAAACGUAUUGCCGUUGGUAGGCUCGGUCGGUUGAGGGUCGGUGAGCUGUUCGACAUUGUCGUAGAGUGGCCAGAGAGUCUUGGAGGUGUUGAGGAUUUAAAGUCUUAUAUUAUAUCGCCGCAAACCCGUCUGCACCUAACGACAACCUUUACUUCUGCUUUAUCUACUCGUCUCCUGCAUCCGGCAGCUGCAACCUCCGAUAUACUCCGGGCUUAUAUCUCUUUGAUCCGUGCCUUCACCGUCCUGGACCCUCGUGGCGUCUUACUCGAUAGGGUUUCGCGAGGUAUUCGGCGGUACCUCCGAGAACGCGAUGACACUGUCCGUGUAAUAGUGAGAGGGAUAAUGUCCGAGUCACUACCUGACGGAUCAGAAGAUGCCGAGGAUCUCUCAGAACUUGCUCAGGAACUUGGUAAAGGUAUUCCGGCGACUCAACAGGGCGGGGGGCUUGAAGAACUUGAUUACGACGACUUGUCUUGGGCACCCGACCCAGUUGACGCGGGCCCUGAGUUCCGAAGAAGCAAAGGUCUCGAUGUAGUUGGAAGCUUGAUUUCGCUAUGGGAGAGCAAGGAAGUUUGGACGAAAGAAGUAGCGGCGGUACUAUCGAGCAGGCUUCUUGGUAGCGAUGAAUGGCUCUUUGAAAAGGAAAUCCGCACAAUCGAGCUCCUUAAGCUUCGGUUUGGCGAAACAACAAUGCAAGGCUGCGACGUCAUGCUUAAAGACAUUGCGGAUUCUAAGCGAUCGGACGCACACAUUCGAGCCGAAGAAAAUCUUAAAAUAGCAGGCCUUCCGGAAAUUCACACCAAAAUCCUCAGCAGAUUGUUCUGGCCAACAAUGAAAGAGGAUGGGUUUCAGGUUCCUUUAGAAAUCAGGAAGCUACAGGAAUGCUAUGAGCGAGGGUUUGAAACCCUCAAGAAAAAGCGGAAGCUCACUUGGUUACAAAACAUGGGAACGGUUGAGGUGGAACUUGAGUUCGAAGACAGAGUAGUCCAGGUUCCUGAUGCUACAACUUGGCAAGCAGCGGUCAUCCACCAAUUCGACGAAGCGGAGCGAUGUGAUAAAUGGGCCGUCCCGCAGUUGGCCGAUAACCUGGAAAUGGAGGAAUCCUUGGUUAAGAAGGCAGUCCAAUUCUGGCAGAGCAGGGAUGUCCUUAAAGAAAUUGGCAACGGCAUCUACACUGUAAUAGAGAACCUCGAAGAGCUCGAAGCCAACUCCCCUCCCCAGACUAGCGUUACUACAGCGGAGGAAGAAGAGGAAGUCACCGACGAAAAGAAACGAGAAAGGAUGGUUGUUGAGCAAUUUGUGGUUGGAAUGUUGACUAAUGGUGGAGCAAUGCCUCUCGAGAGGAUUUCGAUAAUGCUCGGACUAGUCCCUGGGGGGUUUUCCUGGGGACAAGAGGAGUUGAGGGAAUUCCUGUCUCGAAUGAAAUUAGAAGGAAAGGUGGAGUAUAAAGGGGGAAGCUGGAGGAUUCCGAAGGCUUGAGUCUUUGCGGCGCUUGUAACAUACAUCAUUGAGGGUGCGGGGGUUUAAAUAUUAUAGAUUCUUG